AUGGCGGACGCGAUAUCUGUGAUUCCGGCUGCGGUCCUCCGUAAUCUCUCCGAUAAGCUCUACGAGAAGAGGAAAAAUGCUGCACUGGAGGUGGAAGGGAUAGUGAAGCAAUUAGCGAGUGCUGGGGACCACGAGAAAAUCACCGCAGUGAUCAAUUUAUUGGCGAAUGAGUACACAUAUUCGCCACAGGCAAAUCAUCGCAAAGGAGGUCUGAUAGGACUGGCAGCAGCAACAGUGGGUUUGACUUCAGACGCAGCGCAACAUCUUGAUCAAAUUGUUCCACCUGUGUUGAAUUCCUUUACUGAUCAAGACAGCAGAGUUCGUUAUUAUGCCUGCGAAGCUCUGUAUAACAUUGCAAAGGUCGUGAGAGGCGAUUUUAUAGUGUUCUUCAACCAGAUAUUUGAUGCGCUAUGUAAGCUGUCAGCAGAUUCAGAUGCUAAUGUGCAGAGUGCUGCUCAUCUAUUGGAUAGACUUGUGAAGGACAUUGUUACUGAGAGUGAUCAAUUUAGCAUUGAAGAAUUUAUACCUUUGUUGAGAGAAAGAAUGAAUGUCCUUAAUCCGUAUGUCCGCCAGUUUUUGGUCGGUUGGAUCACUGUUCUAGAUAGUGUUCCUGAUAUUGAUAUGCUGGGCUUUCUUCCUGAUUUUCUUGAUGGCUUAUUCAACAUGCUAAGCGAUUCUAGCCAUGAAAUAAGGCAGCAAGCUGAUUCGGCACUCUCUGAAUUUCUUCAAGAAAUCAAGAACUCUCCAUCUGUAGAUUAUGGUCGCAUGGCUGAGAUACUGGUACAAAGGGCAGCCUCUCCUGAUGAAUUUACUCGACUGACUGCUAUUACUUGGAUAAAUGAGUUUGUAAAACUUGGUGGGGAUCAACUCGUACCUCAUUAUGCUGACAUUCUUGGCGCAAUUCUACCUUGCAUAUCAGACAAGGAAGAGAAAAUUAGAGUCGUUGCUCGUGAAACAAAUGAAGAGCUUCGGGCAAUCCAAGCUGAUCCAACUGAAGGAUUUGAUGUUGGGUCUAUCCUCUCAGUAGCCAGGAGGCAUCUGUCUACUGAAUGGGAGGCUACUCGUAUUGAAGCACUGCACUGGAUAUCGACUCUAUUGAAUAGACAUCGGACAGAGGUUUUAUCAUUCCUGAGCGACAUUUUUGAAACUCUUUUAAAGGCUCUUUCGGAUCCUUCUGAUGAGGUUGUGCUUUUGGUGCUAGAUGUCCAUGCAUGCAUAGCCAAAGAUGAGAAGCAUUUUCACCAGCUCAUCGUCUAUUUAGUUCAAAAUUUUCGGGUUGACAACUCUCUCUUGGAGAAACGAGGCGCUUUGAUCAUCCGCAGAUUAUGUGUACUUUUAGAUGCUGAAACUGUAUAUAGGAAGCUUUCCAAUAUACUUCAAGGAGAAUCUGAUUUGGAAUUUGCGUCAAUUAUGGUUCAGGCUUUGAAUUUGAUUUUGCUUACUUCAUCUGAGUUGGCUAACCUUCGUAACCUCCUGAAAAAGUCCUUGUUCGAUGCGGCUGCAAAAAACUUAUUUCUCUCCUUAUACGCUUCAUGGUGCCAUUCACCAAUGGCCAUCAUAAGCCUCUGCUUAUUGGCUCAGACAUACCAGCAUGCAAGUUCUGUUAUUCAAUCUUUGGUGGAGGACGAUAUCAAUGUGAAAUUUUUAGUACAACUGGAUAAAUUGAUCCACCUGCUGGAGACUCCCACCUUUGUUUACCUAAGACUACAGCUUCUUGAACCAGGAAGAUACAUAUGGCUGUUAAAAGCAUUAUAUGGGCUUCUAAUGUUGCUUCCUCAGCAAAGUGUGGCAUUCAAGAUUCUUCGGACACGGUUGAAAACUGUACCUUCGUAUUCCUUCAGUGGAGAACAGCUCAAGAGACUGUCAUCUGGACAUGCCUUUUCUGAGGUUAUAAAUAACUUUGACGAGCUACACAUUAUGGAGGAUGGCGAGUCGGGUGAGGAUCACCGUGAUGUGUACAAUGGGAUUAACUUUGCUGCAUCUUUACAGCAGUUUCAGCAAGUUCAAGGACAGCAUCGAGAGCAAUCCAAGUCACAUGGGCUUGCUCGUUGUGGUUCUACUUCUACAAAGGAAGUACAAAGACGAGAAGAAUCUAAACAGCCUUUGCCAAUGCCAGAUUUGAGCAGACCUUCUUCAAGGUCUUCACGCAGAAGUCCCGGGCAAUUGCAACUCUAA